UCAGUGACAUUUUGGAAGGAGUUUGAUGAUUAUCUUCACAAAAACACCUCUUUCCUGAGCUGAGCUAUGACACGUUUAAUACCCUGAAGAACCUUUGUGUUUAUUGGUUAUUACUUGGUCCAUAGAUGAAGGUGAGCUGUGAGAAGAUUGAGAUCCAUGGACAGAAGACUGCAGUCAGUUUCAUCCUCAGAACAACGAGGAGACGAAGCACAAAGACAAGAUACACAAGAACCAGCAGUGGAUGAGAAUGAAUGAAUGAAGUGUUGGAUCCCAGUCGUGGAUAAAACAAGUUCUCAACUUCAACGUUUUCCUGAAGGAUGAACAUCUUUACAAAUUGUCAGAAUUGAGAGUAAUGGGAUCAUGUAUCUAAAAGUUCCUGUUGAGUUCUGUGUAAAGCUGCUCAGAAAUGAGCGUCUCAAUGAUUUCACUUCGUCCAGUGGCUGUGAAAUGGCGGCGCUCGUCCUCCUGUUCUUCUUCCAUCUGAUUCUGGUCAUUCGCUCUCAAAAUGUUCCUCAGCUGCUCGUGUCUCCUGAAGUUCUCACAGAGAGAGGAUCAGUGGAGCUUCACUGUUCUGUUCCACACAAUGUUAAAGUGUCUCGGUGUUCUUUCUACCCAGAGGGAGACAACACAAAUAUUAAACUCUCUCCAUCUCCAUCAUGUCGGCUCUCAGUCACUGGUUCUGAUCUGAUCAGGUGGACAGGACGCAGCUCUCCUGGAACACUUCGGAUUAUUUGUUUCUAUUUGUUGGAUAACUCUGUUCGUUCUCCUUCUCCUCACUCUCGCCCAGCUCCAGUCACAGUGCUGAAUCAGAAACCAGUGCUAAGCGUCGUUUAUGAUAAUCAGUUUGAUGACUUCAGAUUUUCAUGUGAAAUCCCAGGGUCAGAGUCAGUAACUACUGAUUUUAGCUGUAAUCUCUACACUGGAGAAAAAACUCCGCUUUUCCAAAACCAAAGAUCUCAAAAGAGUAAAUCUGGGAAGGUUUGUUUUUUUCCAGCACAGAGAAAUGCUGUGUUUAAUCGUCAGCCGUCAGUAAAGAGUCGUGAAGUGAGCUGUGAUUAUUCAGUGACCUCUGACCCGACUGCUCGCUCUCCGAUGAGUGAGAAAUACAACAUGAUGCGUUUCUUUCCUUCACCAACACAGCCGUCCAUCACUCCUGAGAAAUCUCCUGCACAUGAGUUCAUUUUAUUUUAUUUCCUGCUGUUUGGUUCUGUUACACUUUUUCAUGACUGACGUUUAAUCUGCAUUCUGUUACACUUGUAAGAUUCAUUUAUUUUAUUUCACAUCUUCCUCUUUUUUGAAACAAUAUUCUGUAGAUUAUGUGUGAAGUUAUUUAGUGAUUAAAGAGGAAUCAAGCUUUGGUAAAUUCAUUUCUUUCGGUGUCACAGUUUAAUUCCCCAAACUCACACAUCUGGAGGUUAAAACAGACGCAUUACAGUUUAAUGUCUUCCUUUAGAUUUUAGAAAAACAGAUAUGAAGAUGAAUUUACUCUGAACUUUCUGAAACCCUCCCUGUGCAUUUACACUCUCAGGAUGGAGAGAAUUACAGCAGGAAUCGUAGUUUGAUGUGUUUUCCACAUCUCUUCUGGAAUCACUUCACCCAGCUCCCUUUUCCAUUUAGCUAACACAGAUAAUGUUGAAUCUGUUCUCGCUUCUGUCAAACACCAGUACAAAUCUAAGGCAGCUUUUAUGAAUCGCUUUACUAUCAGCUUGUACAUGUCGCUUUAUGU